AUGAAGUUUGCAGCUCCUCAGCCAAUAAGGCAACCGUUGGAACAGAGAGACAAGUCCAAGCACUGCGCUUACCAUAGAGAUUAUGGGCAUAUGACCAAUGAUUGCAGAUCCCUCAGGCGAAAGGUGGAAAACAUGUUACUGAGGGGUGAAUUGGCAGAUUACCUUACAACAAAGGAGUACGUGAAGCCUCGGGAGACCAACCCUUGGAGUGUCGAUGGUAAUCAGGUGAAGGUCAUCCAUGCAAUACAUGGAAGAUCAGAAGAUGAUCAGGAGUCAGAUGAGGUUUAUAGAUCCCGACUGAGAAUAACCCAUAAGCUGAGGUUAUCCUCAGUAAACACUAUUGUCUCGAGAAGCAUCAACAUCAGGUUCGGCGAUGGAGAUUUAUCCAUAGUUCAACUUUCCCACGAAGAUCCGUUAGUCAUCAGUCUCUUGGUGGUGAAUUGUAUGAUUAAGAGGGUUCUGAUAGACCCAUGGAGUAGUGCCAACAUCAUCGCAAAGACGGUCUUUGAACAGCUAGAGAUCCCGUCAUUAUCAGUCCGGCCCACCUUCAGCCCGUUGAUGGGGUUCGAUGGUACAAAAGUUGAUCCCCUUGGGGUGAUUGAUUUAUCCGUAACUGCGGCAAAGAGGACUCUGAAGGAAAAUUUUGUCUUAACAGAGAUCCACCCUUCCUAUAAUCUUAUUAUGGGAAGAGGUUGGAUCCACCGAAUGAACGGAGUGUCGUCUACCCUUCACCAAGUGAUGCGAUGUUUGUCUCCAGACGGGAAAGAGGUCAUAGAUCUUAGGGGAGAUCAAGUAGCCGCCAAAGAAUACUACAUGUUAACGCAAAAUGAGGCAAAGAAGGCAGAGGAUGAGGCCGAAGCGAAAAAGCCUACCGAGGAAUCACUAGAAGCUGUCGAGGUAAUCCUCGGCGAUCCACGGAAAAUCACUUACAUGGGUUCUUCCCCCAUAGCCGAAGAAAAAGAAGCAUUAAUCAAAGUCAUUCGACGAAAUGCAGACGCAUUUGCUUAA